GCUAAUGGCUGAAACGUAUUGCAGCCAACGCCUCUCAAUUAACAUUGAUAAUAAAACAGUUAGUGAGUUAAAAAAUGAAUGGCCCUACUUGUUUGAAGCAACUCAUUUCUUUGAUCACACUGAAAGACUGCUUGGCAUCCCUGUUCAAAGAAAGCUGGCAGAGGAACUGUCAAAAAAAGGAAGAACAAUAGUGAACUUUUUAAUGCAAACAAAAGUGACUCAGUUUGCAGUAAUGGAGGAAUUGCUCAAAGACCCACUGAAACUGCUCUCCAGCAUUGGCAGGUACCUUGGUGAUAAUACCGAGGUGCUGCUGAUCCAGAAAGAGGGUCUCAACCCUACCACAUUGAGCUUGCCAAGCACUCCAUGUGUCAUCAUCCUUGGUAAUAAAGACUUUCAGAUGGCAGUGGACCAGACAGUUGUCAAUGAUCAUCUGUGCUGCCCAUUGACAGCAUUGAGCUAUCUGUUUAGUCUCUUCUAUGUUCUCAACAUUCAAUACCCAAAGGAUGCAGCAUUGUCACUGGAGUUUAUUCAGAGAAGUCUCCUGGGGAUCAGUCCUGGACGAGGGACCAAAGUGGAACAGAAAGGAAAAAAGCAGCACAAGAAACACCCUAAGCUACUGAAGUUCCUCUCUGAACUGAGUGACUAUCAAAACCCAUGGACAAUGAAGAUCUACAUAGGUCUGCCAGAACUUCUCAGUGACUUCCACAUCAUUCUACUGUAACAUGUUUAUGGACAUGACCCUCCAUGAAACAGCUUUGAUUUAUUUGAUUAAUAGUAAUACUUUCAAUAAUAAUUUUAUUUUAUUAAUAAGGGGGUAAUAGGUGGACUUUGCCCUCUAAAAAGAUGUUGCUGUGCUGUUAUACAACCAUCUUGUGUUCCACUCAGAAUGCUCCUCUUCUAUCUGCCGAAAUGCUGGAGGGCUAUCUAAUUCUAAUGAAACCCUUAAGCUUCAUGCCCAUGUGUAGCAAGUGUGAGGAGCAGUAGAUAAAAUCAUUGGAGACCACAUAGGAGAGGGUUCAGUGGCUCUCCAGGCAAAAGUCAGCAAAAGGGCAGAGGCCAUGUCUCAUGUUGUUUUGCUGUGCCUAAUAUAGGCAUCUUACCAAUUUCUUUUCUUUUUUUUCUUCACAUUCCCAGAUUUUUAAACAUGCGAAAGCAGGAAUACUUGAUUUAUUCGUUUCUGUUUUGGGUGUAUGUUAGUUAAAAUCCUACCAAUUAGACUUGAGUCGCAGACUUGCACUGUACAAAUGUGUCAUAUUUAAUAAGAAUAUAUUUAACUAUAUAUAUUAUAUAAUAUAUUAAAAUAUAAGCAUAUAUUUAACAAAAUGUUAUACUGAAGCCUCAACAACUACAUAUGUCAUCAGCCUUUUCAGUGUUUAGUGUGUCCACUCUUUGCCUUUAUUACAGCUUCCAGUAUUCUCGGGAGACUUGCUUUUCGAAAUCCACAGGGAUCAUUUUCAAAACCUCCAAAGUUCACUUUUAGAAGUUGAUCACAUUCUCUCCUUCUCACGAAUCUAAGAUAUCCAAAUAUGUUGAGGUCUGGACUGGGAUAGCCAGUCAAUUGUUCUAAAAACAUCAGCAGCUUCUUUGAUUGAUUUGCAAAUUUCUUCUUAGUUUUCCAUUUCCUUCUCCGUAACGACUACUUAUUGAUAGAACACCUGUGGGUUUUUUCAAAUCUGAUGUAAGAGAGGAUCUUUAUUUUCUCUCUUUCAGAGAUGAAAACUUUAAGUACUGUUUAUCUGUUUGUGACAGUUUUUAUGGUCUAUGGUGUUUCAUGUUUAUUGGGAAUCUCCUUUUCUCUGCAUCUUGUUGUUUGAACUCUAGUUUUCCAUUUCCUUAUGCAAGUGGAUUGUGUUGUCUGUUGUCCCAUUCUUCAGAAAUAUCUCCUGAAAAAUUAAUAGCAUGUACUUACUGGGUUGUUGUUUACUUCAUGUACUUGUCUGACAUUCACUUUGGAAGAUGUGAUCAAAGACAUUUACAAAAAACACAAAGUGGCAAACAUCAGGGAAAAGAGGAUAAUUACUGUAUCUGACGGGAUACAGUGUUUACAGUCUAUACACCUAUGUGGAAGUUUGUUUAUAAUAAAAAAAUGUGCAUUGCA